GAGCUCAGUGGACUCGCCAUCGCCCCCUACCGUGCAGGUGAGCAGCACAUUUGCGAGACGGCACUCGCUCCGUCGCCGGUUCGAGAUUGACAGCCGCCGGUGAAGUUGCCAGCGCUUCGGACCCGCACCUCGGGAUGUCUUGCUGCGGCCAGUACCAAGUGUCUGCUACUGACGAGCCUCGCAGAGAAUGGCGGCCACAGAUCUACAGAAGGUGCACGGAUGUCCUCUGGCUUGUAAUCUUUUUUCUCUUCUGGGUUGGAAUGGUGUUUAUAGCUGGCUAUGCUGUGACAGUUGGUGCUGCCGAAAGACUGAUCUUUGGGUACGACAGCUAUGGAAACACUUGUGGAAGGAAAAACUCGCCGAUUAAGGGGGCCUUGCUGUCCGGACAAGACAUGACCAGCAGGAAACGAGUCUUUUUCCUGAACACCUGCAACAUGGACUUCACGGACCAUAAAAUAAAUUCAUUGUCGAUUUGUGUAUCCAGCUGUCCUCAAGAGCAACUGAAUGGACUGGAAGAGAUAAAACAUUUUGCUCAGUAUAACGGUUCCUAUUUGUGCGUGUACAAUUUAAACAUUUCCGACUACACAGAACCUUUGAAAGCAGCACACCUCUGCCCCACGUUACCAGUCCCUCCAAGCAAGUCACUCCCGCUCUUCAAUCGCUGUGUCCCUCAGAGUCCAGCCUGUUACUCCCACUUUCUGGCAGUCCUUAUUCACAUGGUCAACGAGAGCGACUUCUUCCAACGCAUCAUCAGUGGCAUCAUAAUGAGCAAGGAGUACAUUGUGGGACUCUGCUUCUUUGCAGUGGUCCUCUCCUUCAUUAUGGUGGCAGUCUUCAGAUUUAUCGCCAAACUGCUAGUUCAUAUCUUCCUCGCCUUGGUAGUUUUUGGAAUGCUGUUUGUGUCGGGAGUUCUGUGGUGGCUGUACUAUGACAACGUGAACGACCCCAACGUAAUCUUGCAAACAGAACUGGAAAACACAAGAGCACUUCUGGGCUUCGCUGUCAUUGCAACCGUCAUAUCAGUCAUCGUUAUAGUGCUAACCCUGGUGAUGCGGAAAAAGAUCAGUCUUACUAUUCAGUUGUUCAGGAUUGCCAGUAGCCUGCUCCGGAAUGUCCCUCUGUUGCUCCUCCAGCCACUGUGGACCUUUGUCAUCCUCGCUUUAUUCUGGAUGUGUUGGGUGGCUGUGCUUCUAAGUCUGGGCACUGCAGGUAAUGCUUAUGUAAUCGCAGAUAACCAAGUUGAGUACAGAUCCCUGUCUGCUAUUCGCUAUAUGUGGUGGUAUCACUUAAUUGGACUGAUCUGGACCAGUGAGUUUCUUCUUGCUUGCCAGCAGAUGACCAUUGCUGGAGCUGUGGUGUGUUAUUACUUCAACAGGGACAAAACCAAUCUGCCCAGCUACCCAAUCCUCGCUUCUAUUUCAAGGCUCUUUAAUUACCAUCUGGGAACAGUUGUUAAGGGUUCGUUUAUAAUCACACUUGUCAGGAUUCCACGGAUUGUUCUUCUGUAUGUUCACAGCAGUCUGAAAGGAAAGGAAAACACCUGUGCCAGAUGUCUGCUCAAGUGUUGCCAGUGCUGUCUGUGCUGUUGGGAAAAAUGGCUGCAAUAUUUGAACCAGAAUGCAUACAUUGCAACUGCGAUCAACGGGACAAAUUUCUGUACCUCAGCCAAAGAAGCUUUCCUUCUCAUUGUCAAUAAUGCACUGAAUGUGGCUGCAGUCAAUUGCUUUGGAGACUUUCUAUUGUUUCUUGGAAAGGUGUUCAUUGUGUGUUUCACAGUCUUCGGAGGCCUCAUGGCAUUCAACUACAACCGUGACCUGAAUGUUUGGGGAAUCCCUCUCAUAUUGGUGUCCUUUUUUGCCUACUUGGUGGCACAUUGCUUCUUAUCAGUGUUUGAAAUGGUGGUGGAUGUCUUGUUCAUGUGCUAUGCCGUCGACCUGGCAACAAAUGAUGGGUCUGCAGCAAAGCCAUACUUCAUGGAUAAGGAGUUAAUGAAAUUUAUAGGCAAAACCAAUGAAAAAGUAACGAGGAGCAGUGGACGUGACAAAACGAACCAAGAAAGUAACAGAUACGUGGCAGAACUACAGCCAAUGGAUGCACAUACAACAUGAUGGGACUCCAAUGGACUGCGAAAUGGGCCUUCAGAUUCCAUCAGACCCUUAAUAUUUAAUAACUGCAAGCUAAAUAGAGGGUGGAGCCAUUUGUCAAGUUAGUUUAAUGGCUUGAUUCACAUGGAAGUAUUUUUCUAUAUUUAAGUAAAAAGGAUUUCUCAAAAUACGUCAUUGUUGUUCCUUCUCUUAUGUGUUGAUAUGUCUUUACCUUGGCUUCAGUAACUAAUUAGAAGGCACUUGUGUUUUUGACAUUUCAGCCUGUGUUACAUCCAUGCACAAACUAAUGUAAAACUGGACAUCCUUGUGCUGAAAGAGAACAUUGAGUGAAAUUGGUCGUAAGGGCAGAAGGUUUCCCCAGAUGGAACAGACAGUUUGUUGGUUUGAGAUUCUGGGAUUACCCUUAAACUUGACCCUCUGAUACGAUUGCAAGGAAUUCCAGUGUCGAUGUCUGUGUUUUAGAAAGGCAGAUUAAAUGACUGGAGUGAUUAGUCUUUUUAAGUGUACAUUUAUCAAAUUGUGCUGAUAUCUUGACAGUUGGUUGUAGAAUUUAAACCCAUAAUACAAGAGGUCACCAGAAACUGUAAUGCAUUAACCAACCGUAAUGCAUUAAUCCAAAUCAUGAACCAUAGAAGUAAAUUAUUUUCUAAAAAUUGAAUAAACCUUGAGCAAACAAGAGAUUAUACGAAUCAUUAUUUACAGUGGAAGUUCUUAUAAGGCAUUUAGUAAAUAUAUUGUAAUACCGUAGGAAGAUUUAACAUUACUUAAGAGUCAUACAGCACAGAAACAGGCCCUUUAGCCCAACUGGUCCAUGCCCCCCAAGAUGCCCAUCCAAGCUGGUCCCAUAUGCCUGUGUUUGCCAUUACUUAUUGAAACUUAUCACAGGAAGCUCCAAUUUCCCAUUUAGUAUUCACCCCUUGUGUUCCAGGUCCAUUGCUCAGUUGCAUUCUGACCCCUGCCAUACUCCUUUAAACAAAAUGCAAAAUUCAAAUGGCAACACAACUAUUAGCAAACAUGAAGCUGUUGGAUUCCCAUAUGGAUCCCACUCCCUCCUUGGUAUCCUUUGGUCAUCCUUUUGCGGUAGGCAAAAUGUGACUCCAGAACUCAGACCAGUGGGCUUGACUCUCCUGUGAUGUUUAAAUUCGCUCCAUCGUAUCAAACUCCUACAAAAAGAUUUGCAGUAGGCCCAAUGCCAACUGCAGAUGGCCAAUAAAAGCUGUGCAGAAAUGCCAGAACGCUGAGAGUGGAUAAAAAGAAAUACCCUCUCUAACCAACAUUUUCUAUCUGUUGCCUUGAUGAUUGGUUGCAUUUUUACACUCCCAAAUGCAAACAUGUUGGUUACUGAAAAGCAAAAAAAAACUGUAGAUGCUGGAAACUGAAAUAAAAACAGAAAAUGCAGCAAAGCAAAAUUCAGGUUAAUGUUUCGGACUGAAUAUAUUUCAUCCGAACGAAGAAAAGUUUAAAAAAAAACAAGCCUGUUUUAAGUUGCAGAGAAGGGGGAGGGGUAGAGGGGACAAAGUCUGUGAUCGGUGGAGACCAAGAGAGACAGAAGGACACAAAUGGUGAUGGUCUGGCUGAGGGAGGGUGAAGGAGGUUUGGUGAUCACAGCUGAUUUGUUCAGGGGAGAUGAGAGGAGAAACAGUGGGGUAAAAAAUUGCUGUAACUAUGAGAUAUGGAACAUAGCAAUUGCUGGAAAUCUGAGAUAAAGGGGAACACUGAAAAAUCCCAGCUGGUCAAGCAGCAUCAGUAGAGAGAGAAGAAUGGAGUUAACGUUACAGAUUAGGUUACAUUACAACUGGCUAGUUCUGACACAAACUGGAAAGGCAGGUUAUCUGAAACUGUUGAAUUCAAUAUUGAGCCUCAGAAGCUGCAGCAUUCCUAAAUGGGAGACAAGCUGCUGUUCAAGUGAUGUGGGGUUUUAUUGGAGCAGUGUCGGAAGCCAAAGACAGUGGGAUCAGAGAUGGAAAAUGAAAGGGGCAGGCAGUGUCGCUCUUCCAACGUGAAGAGGUAUUUUGCAAAGUGGUCAUCCGAUCUGAGUUUGGUGGAGGAGACUGCAUCACAGGCACUGAAGGCAGAAUCCUAAAUUGGAAGAAGUGCAAAUGAGUUGCUGCUUUUCCUGGAAGGAGUAUUUUGGUCCAUGGAUAUGGGAAGGGAAAAGGUAAGAAGACUGGUUGUUGCAUGGGAAGGGGAGUGGGUUUUGAUGAUGGAGAUGGAAAAGUGAUGCAGGGAGUUGUAGAGGGAAGACUAGUCUGGUGAUGACAUCUUGCAGAAAGGUGGUGAAACUUGCAGAGGUUGAAUGUGGAGGCUGGUGGGGUGAAAGGUGAAGGUGAGGGAACCCUAUCCCCUGCUCUUGGUGGGAGGAGAAGAGGUAGAGCAGGGGUAUGGGAAAUGGAACAGCUACUUUUCAUAUUGGUAACUGAGUUUUCCACUGCAGGUGGACCUCACUGACUUGCAGCUAUCGAAGAUCAGAUUUGCAUCAGCCAGUCUUAUAAACAUGGUAGUCAUAUGGUAGUAGGCAGUGCAAGCUCAAGUAUCUGAAACCUGUUGUAAGUAGAUGCCAAGAUACAAACACACCGCAGAAAUUUUAAAAAGCUGAAUCUUAACUUAGAGUUGGGCCAAAAGGCCUAUUUCUGUGCUGUAGUACUCUAUGACUUUAAACCCACUUUACUCUCAAUUGUGACUCCAGCAAUCUUUUUAUAGAAUCUGUGUUGAUAAACUAGGAUUGGGUAACCUAGAAACCUCAUGCGGUAAUAAAUAUCAAGUAGUAGGGCCAAAUGGUCAACGUCAGCACUGCAAAUUCAAUACAAGAGAUAAAAUGUGCUGCAAAUUUCAUAAAUUUAACAAAACUGUCCUAAUUACACAGAUGGUUUUGCAAGCAAUCUUGUUUUAGCCAGUGGUAAUAUCCACAGUGCUGCCUCUCAUCCUAAUAUGUUUAUAAAAGCCUAAAAGACAUUGGUUAUAUGUCAUGGAAUAAACAAAAUUAAUUCAUUGGGGGCUUUUAAGAGGGGCUUGGAUGGGCACAUGAAUAAGAGGAAAAUGGAGGGAUUAGCUAUGUCGGCACAACAUUGUGGGCCGAAGGGCCUGUUCUGUGCUGUACUGUUCUAUGUUCUGUAAGACUAACUUGCAGAGUGCUGUAACUGUUCAGCAGGUCAAGCAGCAUCUGCAGAGAGAGAAGCAGAAUUAAUAUUUCAGGUCAAUGACCUUCAGUCAAUCCUAAAGCAAGAUUUUUGACUUGAAACUGUUUCUUUCUCCACAGUAUUUACCGUAGUUUGUAUUAUUUCAGAUUUCUAUCCUCCGGUAUUUUCCUUUGGCUGUGAUUGAAAGGUUUGUCAUCAAUAAAGGCCCAUCUACGCUAUAAGGACAUUACUGCAAACCAGAAAAGAUUUAUUCCUUUCUGACAGACUACAUCACAGUAUUUCAGUUUCCAUAAGCAAUGACGUAAUAGGAUUCAAUGAUCUUCUUUAAUGCAUUUUGUUAGUUAGGAUACAAAGGUUAAAAUUUAAGUAUUAUGAAUAGCUUGUAAUUUGAAAUGUUUUACAUUUAAAUAAAUGAAGUCUAAACUUGA